CCUGUCACUGAAGAUGUUAAAAACAAAUACUGUAUGUGUAUCGUGAUGUUUUUCAAAGAGUUAACAUCGUAUGUAUUAACAAAGUCCAUAUGUCUUGAAUUCCGUGCCUUGCGAUGGUUUGGUCAACCAACUGCAGCAACCCAUCCACACUUGCUGAAGGAAGGGGAGGUGACUCUUGGAAUUUCUAAAACAGAAUAUAAGUCGAGGAGAACAAAGCUGUUCGAGUUGGCAAAGGAAAAUUUCAAAAAUGUCUCGUUGGUAAAGAAUCACAUUCUUAUUUUACCUUCAGCUACCAAACUGUACAUGACUAAUGACAUUCCAUAUCAGUUCAGACAAAAUUCAGACUUUUUAUACCUGACUGGUUUCCAAGAACCGGACAGUUUGCUUGUAUUGCACACGUCACCAGACGAUUCACAUGACUAUCAUUCUGUACUGUUUGUGCCAAAGAAAGACCCAAUGAAGGAGCUAUGGGAUGGACCCAGAUCUGGAGUUGAAGGAGCAAGAUGGCUUACAGGUAUUGAAGAAGUAUACAAUUCAGAAGAGUUGGAACGGUUUUGUGGUGACUUCUGUAAACGAAUGGGUCAUUUUGCUCUGUGGUAUAACUACAUGAAGCCUGUACAUCUGGAGUUUGACGCUUCCGUUCUGAGACACUUUCUCAAAGAGAAACGGCAUCAGUUCCUAGAGACAACUGUACAUCUUUGUCAAAAGUUGAGAGUCAUCAAGAGCCAGGCAGAAAUUGAACUAAUGUCCAAGUCUUGUCAAGUAGCAUCAAAUGCCUUUGCAGACGUCAUGAAAUUUUCAUAUCCAGAGGUUAAAGAGUCUUACCUGCAUGCGAAGAUGGAUUUUGAGUGUCGGAUGCGAGAUGCCCAGUUCCUGGCAUAUCCACCUGUAGUAGCAGGUGGUAACAGAGCUAACACAAUCCAUUACAUCAGUAAUGAUCAGAUUAUUUAUGGCGGGGAGCUGGUGUUGAUGGAUGCGGGAUGUGAAUACUUCGGAUAUACAAGUGACAUCUCUCGCACGUGGCCAGUUUCAGGCAAGUUUAAUGCUGCACAACAGUCUUUAUAUGAAGCAGUGCUGUUUGUGCAAGAAUCGUGCAUUGCAAUGUGUACUACAAACCACUCACUGGAUGAAAUUUACAGAAAAAUGCUGGAGCUGAUUGGACACCAGUUGAAGAAACUUGGACUUAUAUCUGCAAAAAUGAAAGAUGUUGAAAUGUUAAAGGUUAGCCGUGAGUUCUGUCCACAUCACGUUGGCCACUAUCUUGGUAUGGAUGUCCACGACACAUCUGAAAUUCCCCGCAGUAUAAAGUUACAGCCUGGCAUGGUCAUCACUAUUGAACCAGGAAUCUACAUACCGGAAACAAACACAUCAGUGCGCACAGAGUUCCUUGGAAUGGGUAUCCGGAUUGAAGACAAUGUUCUGAUCACUGAGUCGGAACCUGUGGUGCUAUCAGCCGCGUGUCCCAAAACACCGGUUGACAUUGAACGUGUGAUGCAGAGAUAACACUUUAUAGAGAAUCUUCUUGACAACAGUGACUAAACUUCCAUCCCCUAGUUCACAUAGUCAGAAAAUUAUUUUAUUAUUCAGCAGUUACUAAUGUUUUUACAAGAUUGUUUUACUUUGAGUAUUGCAUUUAAAUUAUUUGUGAACCAAUAAAAACAAUCUGUGAAUUGUGUGAUUUUAAACAAAUGAAUUAAUUUUUGUAAUAUGUGAGUGUGAAAAUGAGCAUUUUGUCUUUAAGUGAGUUGCAUUACACUUUCUGUGCAAGUUGCAGUGGAUGGGCAGAGUAAAAUUUGAUUGCAGGCAAUAUAAAUUUGAAAAAAGUUAAUUAAAUAAAAGCAAAAAGCAAAAGCAAAAUCAAAAGAUAUUUAGUUACAACAUUUGUCGACAUAGUUCCAUAUAUUGUUGUGAAUGAAGCACAUGAAAUGCUUAAAAGUUAACUACCAGCAUCUUUCAAGACGCCAACGAAAUCUGGAAUUUUCUUACAACACAAAGCCCCAAAUUAAUUGUUUCAUACAGGAAUGUUCUAUUUUGACACAAACAAGAUUGGAACAUUGUUCCUAUAUUUCAUCCAGGUGAUCGAUAGGGUCAGUCUCCCGAUAUUUCAAGGCCUGGAUAAUGGAUGUUUAAUGGGUUCCCCGUUAUGAGUGAUGAAUUGACUCUAGUCUUUGAUCUAAGUAUAGGUUUACAUGUAUGGGAAUCUGUACUCACUGAUGAAUUAAUGAUGACCUGUGAUUGUUAUGUACACUGUUCCAACCCCCUCCCCCUCUCUCUCUCUCUGUUUCUCUCUCUCUCUUUCUGUUUCUCUCUCUCUCUCUCUCUCUGUUUCUCUCUCUCUCUCUCUCUUUCUGUUUCUCUCUCUCUCUCUCUCUCUUUUUUUUUUUCUCUGGGGCAGGACAUAGCCCAAUGGUAAAGCGCUUUGCUGAUGCCUGGUUGUAGUGUAUCAAAGGCCAUGGUUUCCUGUCUGUAUGUGCUAUCCAGGCUCAAGUGUACAAACUGAGCAGACAAAUCGACAGGAAAGCUGUUAAUCUGCACAUGUAUUGUUUAUGUUAAAUGAAAAGGCCCAUGGGUCAAACCACACGCUCUCAAAUGACAAGUCUCAGAUUUGACCUACAGACAAUUCUAUAAAUACCUUUUUAUGCUAAACAAAAUAAUCUAAGGUCUUGGCCCCAAUUGUAAAAUGGUUUUCGAGUAACCCUAAAGAAUGUAGGAGCCAUGCCCAUUUUUUAAAACACACAUAUAAGUUUGCGGGGUGGGUGAGAUGGGGGGUAUUUACUUUUUAUUCUAUUACUUUUGUUCUAGAAAAGAUGCAAAGCUAAAAAUUUUGCUCUACUUUAAUUGGCAUUCUGAUUCUGAACUUGAAAAUAAUUAAUCUGUGUUCAUUGUGAAAUUAAAAUUUAGGACCUCCAGUGUUUGUACGUUACAAAAAAUUUACCCAUCACCGUUACAGACUGGUUUCUAAGUCUCAAAGAAACUCAGGAGUGAAAAUGUGCAAUCCUUAAAAUGUUGAUAUGGAAAACACACAACACAACCUAACCUAAAGUAGUUUGUUCAAAUGAGGAGUGAUGUGUUUUUCACCCCUCAGAUUAAAUUGUUGAGGGGGGAUGAACAUUUUAAUCAUGUGUAUAAACAUAUUUCAUCAUUCUUUGAUGCCAAUAAAAAAUCUUUUAUCCACCUUCUA